GUUGAAAAGGCGCGGCGGCCCCGUAUCGGGCUGGGCCCUCCAGCGCGUCGUGUUGCCGAGUCUCGCAAAAACCUUUCUGUUUCCGGGGGACUGCGUUGCGAGCGGUUGAUCCAUAAUGGGUUGGUCUUUUCACGGCCACAAGAGAGAUGUCGACAAGGAAAGGCAUCUCAAACGCCUGCACAAGACCGUACCUUGGAUCGAAAACCCUCUCGCGGGUGCUGACCACGAACACCUCGUUUUCUCGCAGCGCCACGAAGCGAAUACCGUCGAACUCUUUUUCGAUUUGUUCUUCGUCGCCAAUCUCGCCACGUUCACCACGUAUCAUUCGAUCACAGACGGCGAUUAUCUGGUAGCAUACAUUGGGUUCUUUGGCAUAUUGUGGUCGUCUUGGUUCCAGGUCACACUUCACGAUGUGCGAUUUGCAAGAGAUUCGCUGUACGAGCGUGUCUGCAAGACGAUUCAGUUCAUCGUUUUUGUAGGUCUGGCGCUGGUAGGAUCGUCGUUCAAUCCGGGGAUGGAAUCAACAGGGGGCAAGAAGGCAAGCAAUACGAACUUUCGUAUUCUAUGCUACACUCUUGUCAUCAGCAGAGGCCUGUUGGCGAUCCAGCAUGCGGUUGUGCUCUUCUACCUCGUGCGAGCGAAAUUUUCGAAGCUGUUUCUUCCCAUGGCACUCAUGAUCUCUCUGUACCUCAUAUUCGCUGGUGCUUUCGCCGCCAUGACUCCUGCAUUCAAGGAAGGUGACGAAUCGCACCGUAGCGUAUACGUGGUCUGGUAUGUCAUUAUGGUUGUCGAAGCUGCCGCCAUGAUAACGAUAUCGUCUGUGUGGAGGAUGCUGAGCUUCAAGAAAACACAUUUGAUGGAGCGCAUGAGUUUAUUGACGUUAAUUGUUAUCGGAGAAGGCGCCAUUGGUGCCACGAAAACCGUGUCGCGUUUGAUGGGAAAAUACGGUCUGGACGUUGAGGGCUGCUUCCUCAUUAUGUGUAUCAUUGCAGUUCUGGUACUUAUAUGGGCUCUCUAUUUCGACAACUUUCCACACGGUCAUUACGGAACAAUUCGCCAGCAGGUCUGGUCGGUGCUCCAUUUCCCGUUCCAGCUUGCUAUUGUCGGUGUCGUGGAAGGUAGCCAGCAAGUUGCGCUUGCUCGUUAUGUUAUCAAGAACUGGUCCAAGAUUGAUAAAGCCAUUGACAAGUACUGUCUGGCCGAGAACCUAGACGGUUCAAAGCUUCGAGACAAGCUUUUCGAGCUUCUGGACUACUGGUACUUCACCAGCAAGACCGAGACCCAGGAGUUCCAGUACAUCACCGAAGAAACCAUUUGGCAAAUUGGGAACACCACCAAUAUCUGCUCCGCAGCGAACGCAACCGAGUACAUCAACACCGGAACCAUCCCCACACUGUUUUAUAACAUGAGCAUAGACAUGUUCAACGGUGUGUACGUCGGCCUCGGGAUGAAGCUGCCGGCGGACAAGCUUGAGAAAUAUACCGCGGCGGAAAUCGCGCUUAAGAGCUGGAGGCUAGUAUAUCUGUACUACUGGGUCUCGUUCUGCAUCCUGAUGGCUUGUUCCAUCGCCUUCCUCAUCCUCAUUCGUCGCCACCGCCACGAUUUGUUCGACUUUGUAUCCAUCGGUUCGCGCGUCAUGAGCCUCAUUAUUGGCGCAAUAUUGUGCGUGAUGAUCUCCAACGAAGUUGCCCUGUAUCAAUUUUUGGGCUCACCCGCGGUCCUUCCGGUAUGUCUCUGUCUCAUCUUCCUUGUGCUGUGCUUCGACAAGCUGAGCGCCGUGUUUUGCAACUGGCACCUGCUCAAGAGCGGGCAGCCAUACGCAAAAGAGUAUGAGGAGCACGGCCAUCACGAGCACGGCCAUGGUGACGCUCACGAACACGCUGCACAUGCGUCUGGCCAUGCACACCAUGACUCUACGAUCCUGGACCAUCGCAAGUCCGCGGCUUGGAGUAUACACCCAGAAAGCGAGGACACGCUGCCUCUGACGAAGCACGACGCACAUUCAAGUACGGAGUACUACGGCACAGAUCAUGGAGGUUAUCCGAUGGAGCCGUUGGUGAGCCCGCCGCUGCUCAGCCCGCCGCCAGCGACAGGACAUGGAUCUGCAACAGGAGGAUAUAUGCCUGUGAGCAACAGCCAGAACUACGGGGCCUGAGGGCUCUCUUUAUCUUGACGCAUUUUUAGCAUGGAGCUUUGAGCAUCUUCACGAAAGGGUAUCAUCAUUCGAG